AUGCUCGAAACUUUCACUGAAAGAUGGCAACGGUCUGUCAACAGGAGCGGAGUAUUGUCCACGGCGAUAUCUAUAGAUCAUCGAAUUUCAAAGAGAACGCAAAGCGCGAGAAAUGUCAUGAAGGCGAUGAAAUUUGUGAAAGAAUGCUAAGUGAUCGAAAACGUUUGCUACACUGUAGGGAAUUGUAAUGUACAUGUAACAUUCGUUAUUUAACACAUCUCGAUAAGAGUGUGACGUUUACCAAAAUGGCACUACAAGAAGACGAAAACACCUGGGUUUUGGAGCUGGAAGCAGCUCUCUUGGAUACCGAGCCACCAUCCGCAUCUGAUGUAUAUGCAAUUUGCAAAGGACGAUCAGUUCCUACAAAUUUAAGGCCUGAUGUAUGGCAGGCUUGUUUAGAUGUUAUCGAUCGGGGCAAUCAGUUGAAUCACUUCAAUGAAGUUUUCGAUUUAUCAGAACAAAAUAUUAUUCGUGACGAUUGUCAACAAUUAGUUGCAAAGUUAGGGAACGAUGACGAGGAUAAAGUUUCCGUUGUUUCCGAUUUAGAGUCUAUUUUAACAUUUUAUUGUAAAAGUAAGGAGAAGCAAUAUAAAAGAGGAAAUGGAUGGAUAGAAUUGUUGGGUCCUUUAAUAGCUUUAAAGCUUCCACGUAGUGCAACAUAUAACUUAUUUGAAGCGAUAAUAGAUAUUUAUAUUCCUAGGGGCGAAACGUAUAGUUCUGUAUUAAGAUUGUUAUUACUUUAUCACGAACCAGAAUUAUGUUCUUUCUUGGAUACAAAAAGGGUAUCUCCCGAUCAAUACACAAAGGGAUGGGUAACUACUCUUUUCGCGGGUGUGUGUUCGCUACCAGCUGUUUGUACGAUGUGGGAUUUAUAUUUCAUGCAAGCUGAUCCAUUUUUUAUGCUAUUUUUGUCUCUUAUCAUGGUUAUUAAUGCCAGAGAGCAAAUUUUAAGUAUGAAGGAUAACGAUAAGCAAAGUAUAAUCGAUGCAAUAGCUGCUAUGCCUUGUGCUUUAGAAGCAGAAGAUGUAACAGACUUUUGCUCAUUAGCACAAUAUUACGCAAUGAAGACACCAUCAUCUUUUAAGCAGGACUUAGAUCCUAUUAUGUUUGGGGAAAGUUUCGAUGAAAAAUAUAUAUCGCACGCGCUCUGCCUGCCCGUUUCAGCUCAAGAAUUAGUUGAAAAUUCUAUCGAAGCUCCGUCCAUACCCAGCACCUCCGUUGAAUCUGUUAGAUUUUUUCUUGUGGAUUGUAGACCUGCAGAACAAUAUAAUGCCGGACAUUUGCCAACCGCGUUUCAUCUGGAUUGUAAUUUGAUGCUUCAAGAACCUGCUGCUUUUGCAACAGCAGUGCAAGGAUUGUUGCAAGCACAACGACAAGCGCUAGCUGUUGGAUCGCAAGCUGGAGGUGAACAUCUUUGUUUCUUAGGAAGCGGUAGGCAAGAAGAAGAUCGUUACACUCAUAUGGUGGUUGCAUCCUUUCUACAAAAACAUACCCAAUACGUUAGCAUGGUUACAUCAGGCUAUCAAGCUAUACACGAAUACUUUGGUGAUGAAGUCGUUUCUAGUCUCGUUGAUCAUAAUUCACAACAUUGUUUGGUAUGCAAUGCUAAUAUAUCCGAAGCAAAUUCUAACGAAACGAGUCCUGCCAAAGUCAAGAAUAACAAUUCUGACUUCUUGGGGAAGAUUAAGAAAGUCAAAGGAAAGUUAUUUGAUUAUAUCGUUAAUCCAUCAGCAAGUGUUCAUAAUAACGUGGAGAAUAGAAAUGGCAAAGAUACCGAGUAUAUUAAACGGCAAAAGAAAACUGGUCCUGUAUUUAGCAUAGACGACGAUCAAGAAUUAGAUAUGACUAUGACAAAUAAUGAAACCGAAGAACCAGUUGAAGUAGUAUCUAUUCAACAGUGGAUGAAGGAUCCAAAGUUAUUACAUUCCUUUAAAUGUCAAGAAGUGAAAGUUAACGGAGAUCUCUGUGAUAGUAUACUUUUGGUUACCGAUACUCACCUUAUCGUGCUCCGGGAAAUACCAGAAAGAAAAGGCGCAGCACACGUAAUUGUCAAACGUCCAUUAACAAGUAUUGUUAAAAUAACAUCUAAAAAGCAACAUUCAGAUUUGAUCACAUUUAAAUACGGUACAACACAAUAUUACGAUACAGUUAUUUCCGAUAUGGAUAAGUUUCUUAUUCCUAACGCAAGCGAGGCUACCAAAUUGAUUUCGCAACAGAUUAUGGUACAAUUGGAAACGUUAAAUUCAAGUUAAAGAAUUUUAUAACGCUGUCCACAACAGUUUAUCUAUGAUGUACAGGUGCGGUAAGAUUCAAUUUAUUUUAGAAGAAUGUUCUCGAGCAAACGUAAGAAUAGACAUUUGUUUAUUCGUUUGAUCGUUGAUAAUGUUCUUAAUUAAAUGGUACUACAAACACAACGUGUAAUAUUAAGAUAAUAAAAGGAAUAGUCCAUAGAAAAAAGUUCUAAAAGUAAUUCGAGCGUUUUAUAUAUAGAACUAAUUAACACGAUGUCAUCAAUGAUAAUACGGCCAAACAUGAUUCAUAGUUGAAUUUUAAGAUUUUUAAUGGUAAUUUUACUAAGCUGUUACUUUCACAAAUUACAUUUACGCUUGCAGUUUUUUCAUGCACUUUUUUAAGUUUCUAAAAACAUACGAUUUCUAUGAAGUGCAUUUUUAGCAUUUCUUUUCUCUAACGAUGCCAUAACAUGUGUUAACAAUUCUGAACUCAGUUUUUGUUUUACAUGUGGCUAAACGGUGGCCUUACUAUAAAAAAGAAUAGGAGAGAUUAUGGAUUCUGCAAAUUAUUCAUUAAUAUGAAUAUAUACGAUGGAAUAGAAUGUGCCAUGAACUAAGAAUAUUAAUAAUGUCUCUACAUAAAUAUGAUUCGUGACGUGGUGUCGAUUAACAAUUUAUUUUUUCUUUUACGGGUCAUAUAAAACUUUCAAUCGCACGCUAUCAUAGCGUUCUCGGAAUACAUGAAUACAUAAUAUCUAUGUACACGUUAUAACGAACUGAUAAUUGGUCCUAAUGUAAUACGAUUCGAGAACCAUUAUAAUGUAAAUGAUUAUAAACUUGCAUUUUAUAGUAUAUAAUAUUGCAAUACAUGUCUUUAUAAAAUAUUUACAAAAGGUACAAAAUACAUUGAAAAAUAAACGAUAUCAUCUCUUUACAGGCAUACCUAUUACACUGCCUGAUUAUAUUUCGAGGAAUUUUUAAAGUUUACGAUUUACGAUCUUUCGAAAAUAUAUCUAUAAUUCGUAAAGAAAAUCUGUCACAAUUAAAAUAUUCCUAUCUUUCUCCGACAUGUAUAUUUGAACAAUUACAUGGUACAAUUCUUUUUCUAUUACCCACUAGAAAUAUACUAGUAUUAGAUGAACGAAAAAAUUGAUGUCGUAAUGAAUUCUCGUGCACACGGUUGCACUGCCUUUUUGUAAUUUUGGAACAAUACUAAUCGCAACAGCAGUUUAUUUGCGUAGAAAUUGCCGAUAGAUAUGUUUACACGGUUGUGAUUUCGUUGUUACAGAGUCCAAGGGUAUUAUUUUUAAUGUACAUCAACCGUUAUUCUGUGUUUCAAGUUUUGAAUAAAUAGUUUGAAAUAUGUAUUUAACAAACCUAUGGAAAUCUUAAAUCUUGUAGAUAUUACCAACAUUGUUAAUAAUUGUAACAAUAGUAAAGUGUAAUAUAUUUCAUGAUAUGUAUAACGAAUUUUGUGUAUAAUAGAAAUUUUCUAUUUAUGUGCUUCCACAAUGAGUGAUGAACGUAAAUAGUGGAAUCAUCGUCGACUAAAGAAACUUAUUAGAAUUUAAAAAAAAAAAGUUUUUAUUUGUAUGUAAAUAAAUUUUAUGUAAUACAUUACGAAUGCGUUUAAAUAUGUAUUUUUAAGAGAUUGUAAAAUAAACUAUAUAAUUAUA